AUGUCUCAUAACAAUCUUAAGGGUGCAAAACAAGAAAAUCAUAACCAAAAAGUUUAUUUACAUCAAUUACAACCAACAAGUCCUCGGUUCGUUGAAAUUCGAUUUCAAGAAGUUGUACUUAAACCAAAAUUAUUAAAAGCGUGUAUUCAUAUUCGUUUUGGUCAAUGUAAACCUCGAGCUCCAUUAACAAUUGCUGUUAAAAGUACACCACUACAACUUUUACAGAUUGAAUUAGAUCAACCAAUUGUUUGCAAUAAACAUCUUCCAUCACUAUUUUUAAAAGAAAAUUAUUUUUAUCCUUUCCGAGAUAAUCAUUGA